GUUGAAGGUUGGAUUGUAUCCUAAAAUCCCCUCAACGGUCGGAAAUCCGACCGUUGUGAGGUUUGCUUUUAAACAAACAUAUUCGCAUUUACCACUCACUGGUAUGCAGUUCCCUCCUCUACCUCUCAUCUUCUCCAAAAACCUUCAUUUUUUUUUUUACCUCUUAUUGUAGAUGAAGAUUUCUCAUGCAACCCUCUCCAAAGUGCAGAGAAAGGUUUUCUGUGCUGACCUCUUCCAAGCUAUCUGAGAAGGAGGUUGUCAUUGAUGUUUAAAAAAGCUUUGAAAAGGUUAUAAAUGGCAAAUUUAAAUAAUUCGGACUCAGAUACCGAUGACGUAGCUGAGAAAGCGAUUAUUUUAUUCACGGCAGUAAUUGCGGGUGCAUCAGCUGCGACUGUGAUGUGCAAUGCAGCAUCCACGAUAGUAGCAGCAGUCGCUACAAAUUAUAUGGAAGAGGAGGAUGAAAAUGAUAUUCGAGGGUCCCAUAAUUGGAAAUGCCUACAAUCUACGAAUGCAGUUCUCGAUGGACACGGGUCUAAUUUCUUUGAUGCAGGUAUGCAACCUUCAACAUCGUUAGUAUUUGGAAUGACUAAUACUCCACAAGCUGGGCUAUAUUAUUCAAGAUCGCAGAAGAAGAAAAAGAAAGUCACAACUAACAAUGAAAUGGUGCAAGAAAUGAAGCGCGUAACCUCGUCUCUCAAAGCAACCCAGGCGACAUUGAUAGAGAUGAAAGACAAACUUAGUGACUUCAUAGAUACGCAUCAUGCUGCCCAAAUUGAUAAGGGUAACUUCCGCCAAUAUAUAAUGCAAUGUCUUAGGGACAUACCAAACAUAGACGAACCGUAUACAUGGCGAGCAUUAAGGUAUCUCUUAGAGCAUAGAGAUUUAGCAUUGUUCUUCAUCGAAUUACCUGUUGAGCUAAGGUGGGAAUUUCUAAUAAACACUAUUCCAGAUUGAUGAGGGUAUUAUGUUCUUUUUAUAACUUUAGUUUUGUUAAUUUAGCAAUUUGGGUUUGUAUAACUUUAAAAAUAUUUUAUAUUUGGUAUUCUUUUAUCCUUUUA